AUGAUUAUAAAAAUAAUUAUACUUGUACAAUUGCUUUAUUUUUUUACAGCUUUUUUAAAUAUUGUAUCCACGCAAGAAAGAAGAAAGUGUGGCAUUGAAAAGUUUCAAUGUGAUAAUGGAAAUUGUAUAGCAAACGAGUUUCUAUGCGAUGGACAAGCAAAUUGUAAAGAUCAAUCCGAUGAAACGCAGUCUGAAUGUUCUAAACCACAAUUAAUGUGCUCACCAUACGCAUUUAGAUGUAAUUAUGGUGCUUGUAUUGAUGGUGAUCUAAUAUGUAAUGGAAAACAAGAUUGCAUUGAUAAUAGUGAUGAAACAUUAGCUAGAUGUUUGUAUAGUAUGCAAAAUAUUACCACCUCUAUAAAAUGUUCCAUAAAUCAAUUCAAAUGUGAUAAUGGUCAAUGCAUCGAUUUUGAAAGGCUGUGUAAUGGUGAUGUAGAUUGCAGAGAUCAUUCUGAUGAAACAUUUUCUAAAUGUGGAUCAUUAUACUGCAAUGAAUUGUUAUUUCGUUGCAAUUAUGGAGCUUGUAUAGACGGUAAUUUACAAUGCAACGGUAUAAUAAAUUGUGCGGAUGGGUCAGACGAAGAUCCAAAAUUCUGCACAAAAACUGUAACAAGUCCAAUUUCUAUUAUAUCUAUAUCUCCUUCAAGAAGUAUCACAUCGACACUAUCUCCAUGGAUCCCAAAACAACCAAUUUAUUGCUUGGUACCUCCCCAGCCAGCAAAUGGUAAAUGGCAAUUAUAUAAGUUGCAAUGCCAAACACAAGAAAACUGUGAUGUGCAACAAGGUGUACAAUUAUACAUUGGAGCUUAUUUAGUUUACACUUGUAAUCCUGGUUAUAAAAUAAAUGGUUCUCCUUAUGUAUUAUGUGAUCUAGAGGGAAAAUGGUUAAAUAUUCCAGUUUGUACAGGUAAGAUUUAUAUCCUAAAUGUCAUUAUAACAAAAAAUUUAUUAAUACUGCUAUACUUAUAUCAUACUUUCACUAAUACUUUUGAUUAUAUUCUAAAUGGAUAUACCAUCAUUUUAGAAAUACGUUGUAAAUCAUUGACUUCAGCAUCAACAAAUGCUGUAUGUACAUAUAAUGGUAAAUGGACAGCUUGCGAAUCUCCUGUUUUACCUGAAACAAUUGCAAUUUUGAAUUGUCGUAACGGCUAUCAUGAAGAUACAUUAUUCCUAUCAAAACCAAAAGCUCAAGUUAGAUGUAACAAAAAUGGUCAAUGGGAACCAGAACCAAUAAAAUGUAUCCCAGUAUGUGGAGUUUUUACUCCAAGCACAAAGCCUCUCAUAAUAUAUGAAAAUGCUAUUGACAUUUCUCUAUUUCCAUGGCAUGCUACUCUCUAUGAAACGAAAAGUCCAGAUGGACCAAAGGAAUUUACUUGUGGUGCAACAAUUAUAAAAGAUAAUCUCCUUGUCACCGCAGCCCAUUGUGUUUUUGAUGAAAGAAGUAAAAAAAUAAAUGACCCAAAAAGAUAUUAUAUAGCAACUGGAAAUAUUUUUCGUGAUUAUGAAUCUCCGCUGCAUGAUCCACAUUUUGUUAAAAAAGCUCAAGUUGAGAAUAUUUAUAUUCCUUGUAAUUAUUUGGGCUUAGAAGGAAAUUAUGCUUGGGACAUAGCUCUUUUGAAAAUUGAUGUGCCAUUUGUAUUCUCAGCUUUUUUAUUACCAGCAUGUUUGGAUCAAACUUUUAUCGAGUUUGGAUAUGGGAUAGUUGCAGGAUUCAGUAGAACCACUUUAGGAGCAUCAAGUUUUAUUCUACAAUCUGCAAUACUACCCUAUGUUCCUCUUAAUCAAUGCAAAUCUGUAAGCAGUGCUCAAUCUGAGAAGUUCAUAAUGCCUGACAAAUUUUGUGCUGGCUAUACAAAUGGAACAUCCAUUUGUGAUGGUUAUAGUGGUGGAGGAUUGGUAUUUCAAACUGGAAAUUUGUGGUUUUUAAGAGGUAUUGUUAGUAUUGGUGUAACGCUAUCAGCUGGAAGUGAAUAUUGUUAUAGUUAUUCAUAUACUCUUAAUACACGUAUUUCCAGUCAUAUAGACUGGAUUCAAGAUAUUAUUCUCAGAUUAGAAUCAUCUAAUCCACUUCCCUUGUGUCAUAAUUUAUAUCAUAACAUAUUUCUUUGAUAAUAAAUCAAAGUACUGAUUAUAUAUAAUUCAUUAGUUGUUAAUUUCUAUAAUAAAGCAAUAAAUUGAAUACUUUAAAAACACAAAAAAAUUUGGAAUUCGGUUAUUUGAAUCAAUUUGAUCCAGUUUG